UUGUUUCUAUUGUCGGAGUUACGAAUAAAAUUCAUUUUUCUAGCCGAAAAAUGUCACAACCACCAAACAGUGUACCAAUUGCGGUAUAUGCAUCAUAUGGGACAUCUCAGCCACAAGCAAGUCGUUCUGCAAGUAGAUGGCGCAAUCAGCCUCAAUCAAAUUCUGUAGCUGCCGGUGGUUUAAUUUUUUUAUCAGCUGGCAUGAAUAUGGCUCAAGGGGUUGGUUGGAAUCAUGGUAGUUUUUUUGGAUCCUUAGAGCAUUUCCGAUUCUCUUGGUUUGUUGGAGUUAUAAUCGGCGCCAUUUUAGCAGCACCACUUGCAAAUUUAUUUCCAAAAAAGUUCAUGCUGGCAUUUUCGUCGCUACUAAUAUUGAUAGAAGGCAUCAUUUUUACAAGUGCUCCUUACGAAUAUGAACCUUUGUUAGCUGGUCGUUAUUUGAAUGGCAUUGGAGUGGGAUUUGCAACGAUACCGUUCUUUAUACAUGCAAGUGAAAUAUCUGCCAAUACAUAUCGCGGAUCCUGUUUGGCUAUAGAGCAGUACGGCGUUUGCUUCGGAAUAGCUAUCCAAGUUAUUUAUGCCUCUCAAUGGGGCUCAACGGCUUUUCCCGCAAAUCGCCUGCAUGGUAUAUUCGAUAUUAUAUUCGCCGUAGGAGCCAUGGCUUCACUUUUAUAUUUUAUUGAGUCACCAAUAUUCUUCAUACGCAAAGGGGACGAAGCCGCAGCCCUGGAUUGUUUAAGUCGUUUACAGCGACCCCAAGGUGUAACAUCAGCUACAACAGUUUUAUUGGAAGAACACAAAAACUAUGUACGUGAAAACGAGAAUUACACUUUGAUGGAGGGUAUUAAGCGCGGUAUUCUUCCAUUAGUGAAAAUUAUAUUCUUCCGGAGCAUGAUGGUGGCAUUUUGCUUCUCUUUGCCUUUAAAUACAGCCCUACAGUUUAGUUUGUUGGCUAAUUUCAUUACAUGGCCACCAAUAGUGGCUGCAUGUUUACGUAUAUUUGGUGCAUUUAUAGCUCUCAUCUUGGUCGAUGGUUUGGGACGCAAAUUGCCAUCUCUAAUAUUUAUUGUAAUCACAGGAGCGCUUAUAAUUGCCAUCGGUGCAAUGUUCAGCAACUUCUCCAAUUUGUACAAUUCGUAUGACAUGUCAGUGGUUACUUCACUUUCGUUAUUGACACAGUUCUUUGCUGGUCUAUUUGUUCCCUUUACAUCCAUCUACAUGGGUGAAGCUUUUCCCUUGGUUGUGAAGCCAUAUUUCAUAGGCGUUAGUGUAAUUAUUGAACAACUGAUUCAUAUUAUUAUAAUAGUCACUUUUGUUCCAUACAUCAGUAGUAUUUUUGACUCCCUUUUGGCUCAAGGUAUUAUAAUGGUUGUUUUCUUCCUCUUCCUCUGCACCACCAUGCCAGAGACGAGAAAAAUCUCUUUAAAAGAAGCCCAAGAUCGUUUUCGACAUUUGUUUCAUUUAAAUUUAUAUUAAAUACAUUUCUUUUUUCUUUUUUUUUGCAUUCAAUUUGUAUUAUUAUUAUAGCUAUUAGGUACUUACUAAAUAUCUGUCCAAAUUGUGCCUAUUUUAAUACGAGUAUGUGUACGUACACACUCAAUUAAUUUGCUACUAUAUAAUAAUAAUAAUAAAUUCUUUAACUAAUUAAUAUUGUCGAGUCGCUUUUUUAAGUUUUUUAAGUCGCAUCGAUUUGUGUUAUGAUAUCGGUUUGCUUCGUUAAAGUUAGCACUAACUAUAGGUGAAUAUUUUUAAAAAUUAUCAGAUACAAAUUUUACCCAAAUACAUUUUGUAAAUAUAACGUGCCGCAUUUCAGUCUAGGUCUUGACUUAGUUAGUGCUAACUAAGUCAAGCAAACUAAAGGCUUUGAUUAAACUUAGAUGUAACAAGGGAAUUUCCCAUUUUAUUCUGUUAAAUAGUUAAAUUUAUAUUUACCAUAUAAGACAUUUGUUUUCGUUUUUUUGUUUACCUAUUUAUAUUAACAUUUGUUGGAAUAAAUGAAAAAUAAGAUAUUAAUCUACA